CCAGUAUGUACGAGCAGUGAGCACGGUAAGUAAGCGCAGGCGCCCGUCAGUCUCACGAAGCCAGUCCGUUGGUUGCCGCCUACCACUUCUGCACUUCCGCCUCUACUUACAUCACCAACACUUUCGAAUUCGAUGAUAGAGAAUUGUACAGCCAUUGUUCUCAUGACUGCACUGUCGUUUGUUAUCUUCUCCUCGUGACAACGCACCAACACCUCGGAAGCUAAAAGAGCUCGCGAUAUUUUCACCGCAUGACGCGAUCUCUAUCGAGGGCACGGCCCAGUGCCCGUCACGCAUGAACCAAACCACUUUGCGGAACCUUGGCGCAACCUGAGCGCAAUAAAUACUAGGUCCCGCCGAAGGUGUUGCGGUCCAUUCCUUCGAGUCUUCUCCCAUGGCCCAUCAAUUCCACAAAGCCCCUGAGUUCGAGACACUCCAGUUGCAUGCUGGGCAAGAGCCUGACCCGACCACGAAUGCGCGAGCACCUCCAAUCUAUGCUAGCACCAGCUUCGUCUUUAACAACUCUGAGCACGGCGCCGAACUGUUCGGCCUGAGGGCGUUCGGCAACAUCUACUCUCGUAUUGGCAAUCCAACAGUAGAAAUAUUUGAGAAGCGCAUUGCUGCGCUUGAGGGCGGGGCAGCUGCCGUAGCAGCUUCUAGCGGGCAGGCGGCACAGUUCAUGGCGAUCACGACGAUCGCUGGCGCCGGGGACAACAUUGUAUCUACAUCGUUCUUGUAUGGCGGAACCUACAAUCAAUUCAAAGUAUACCUCAAGCGGUUCAACAUUGGGGUCAGAUUUGUGAACAGCGACGACCCGGAGGCAUUCGCCGCCGCUAUUGAUGACAGGACAAAGGCAAUCUACGUCGAGAGCAUAGGUAACCCGAAGUACAACGUCGCACCCAUCCCGGAGCUCGCGAAGGUCGCCCAUGACCACGGUAUCCCGCUCAUCGUCGAUAAUACAUUUGGCAUGGGAGGUUAUCUUACCCGCCCCAUCGAUCACGGUGCGGACAUUGUCGUUCACAGCGCCACGAAGUGGAUAGGUGGCCACGGAACCACGAUUGCAGGCGUGGUCAUUGACUCUGGCAAGUUUGACUGGGUCCGCUCGGGCAAGUUCCCAACCUUCACCGAGCCGUCCGACGGCUACCACGGCCUCAAAUUCAGUGAGACGUUCGGCCCGAUCGCUUUCGCCAUCAAGUGCCGCGUCGAAGUGCUGCGCGACCUCGGCUCGGCGCUCAACCCCUUCGGCGCAUUCCUCCUGCUGCAGGGCCUGGAAACGCUGAGCUUGCGAGGGGAGAGACACUCGCAGAACGCACUCGCGCUCGCACGGUGGCUCGAGCAGCAUCCCAAGGUGUCAUGGGUGUCGUAUCUCGGUCUCGAGACGCACUCGUCGCAUAAGCUCGCGCAACGGCUACUGAGGCCAAACGUCUACGGCGGCGUUCUGAGCUUUGGUGUGAAGGGCGGCCAAGACGCCAAGGUCGGAAGUGCUGUCGUAGACAACCUGCGCCUGGCAAGCAACCUCGCCAACGUUGGCGACGCGAAGACGCUGGUCAUUCACCCGGCGACGACGACGCACCAGCAGCUCACGACGGAGGAGCAGUUUGCAUCGGGCGUUACGCCAGACCUGAUUAGGGUAUCCGUCGGCAUCGAGAACAUCGCAGAUAUCAUCGCCGACUUCGACGAAGCUUUGAAGGCGGUGCCUUAAAUCAAGUAGAGCAUGAAAGCGGGAGCAUGCACACAUACUAAACCACAAUCUACGUCCAUGUAAGAUACCAGCUUGAAUGAACAACGACGACUAUGCAUAA